CACAACCACAUCCGACAUCUCCAGCCAUCCAUCUCCUUCUUCUUUCUCCAUCACUCCAUCACUCUCUUCCACUUCAAAUCAACUCCAUCCUCCCUUCUACAAUGUCCACUGGCUUCACCAUCCACGUCUCCGGCCUCGCCCCCGAGACCUCUGAGACCAAGCUUCACGACUUCUUCUCGUUCUGCGGCAAGCUUCAGAGCGUCAAGAAGCAUGGCACCGAGGCCGACAUCACUUUCGAGAAGCAGAGCGCCAUGCGCACCGCCCUCAUGCUCAACGGCGGCACUCUCGACGGCGCCCACCUCGAGGUGACUUCGACCUCGCCCGCCGCCGCCGACUCUAGUGUUCUCCCUACCGCUGCCUCGGGAUCGACUCCCGUGGGCGCCGAGUUUGACCAGGAGGACAAGCCCAAGGCUGCGAUCGCCGCCGAAUACCUCGCCCACGGCUACACUAUUGGCGACCACAUCAUCCAGAAGGCCAUCGACGUCGACCAGAAGCAGGGCAUUUCGUCGCGUUUCCUCGCCUUCCUCUCGCAGGUCGACAAGAAGGCCGGCGAGCGUCUUGUCGGUGAAGGUCAGACCCUCUCGUCUCGCCUCCACGACCAGGCCCACACCACCUAUGUAAAGGCCCGUGAGGCGGACCAGCAGCGCGGCGUCAGCAGCACCUUCCUUAACUACUACUCGAAGGCGCUCUCCACGCCCGUUGGCCAGCGCGUCUCGCAGUUCUACAACGAGGCUAGCAAGACUGUUCUCGAUGUGCACGAGGAGGCUAAGCGUUUGGCACAGCAGAAGAAGGCUGCCAGCGGAGCUGUCACGCCUUCCGAGCACGCUGCGCCAGCCCACGCUGCCGCCGACGCCAAGGCUGCGGAGGCCGGAGCCCACCCCCUGGGCGCCGCCCCGUCUGCCGCGUCUGGCGCUCCCACUGACGUCCCUCCUGGUGUGAACGCUGAGAAGGUCGCCCCUCCCUCGUAAAUGGUUGAUUGGUGUGGUGUCGCGAAGUGAUAUAGGAUUGAAGUCGUGGAAGCCGUGAAGCCCUGACUGGUAUCUAUAGCUUAGCUUUCUGGACUUGCUAGACUGGC